AUGAAUAAAACUUCAAAUAAAUUGUACUUUUGUGGCAUCUUACAAGGAACAAUAUACACGGUAAUCUUGACGUCAAUCAUAAUAUUUUUAAUUUUUGACACUGCUGGUUCUCGAGAAAGAUGGAUCAGUUUUGGUGGUAUAGUGAUUAUAGUAACUUUUGGUUGGAUUUUUUCAAAACAUCCAGAUCAAGUAAACUGGAGAACAGUCCUUUCAGGAUUUAUUAUCCAAUUUAUAUUUGGAUUAAUUACAAUAAGAUGGUCUGUUGGACGUGCGAUAUUUCAAUGCAUUUCAAAAAAAGUAGAAACAUUUUUAAACUUCGUUAAAGUUGGAGCAAGAUUUGCAUAUUCGGAUGUGCUCGUAGACAGCGGAGUUUUUGUAUUUUCUGCUCUUCCUGCUAUUUUUUUCUUUAGCUUUAUAAUUCAAAUGCUGUAUCACAGUGGUGUUUUGCAAAAGGCAAUUUUGAAAUUGGGCUGGGCCCUUCAAACUCUUAUGGGAACAACUGUCUGCGAAUCAAUGAACGCAGCUGGAAAUACUUUCUUAGGAAUGUGUUGA